UGCAGAUUACGCUGACCUCAAAUAACAGUUUUACAUCAGAGACGUUUCCUUAUUUCGCACUUGUUAACUGCAAGACAGUGUAGGACAAACAUGUCUGGCAUUAAAUCAUUUUACGACCUCACAGCUAAAACGCUCACAGGCGAGGAGUUUAAGUUUUCAUCUUUAAAGGGCAAAGUGGUCCUCAUCGAGAAUGUCGCAUCUCUUUGAGGAACGACGACCAGGGAUUACACCCAGAUGAACGAGCUCCAUGAUCGCUUCUCAGAGAAAGGGCUUGUGAUUCUGGGAGUCCCCUGCAAUCAGUUUGGCUUUCAGGAAAACUGUAAAAACGAAGAGAUCCUGAUGUCCUUGAAGUACGUCCGUCCUGGGAAUGGCUUCGAACCGAAGUUCCAGCUUUUGGAAAAGGUCGAUGUGAACGGCAAAGACGCGCAUCCUCUCUUCGUUUUUCUCAAGGAGAAACUUCCGUUCCCGAGCGACGAGCCAAUGGCCUUAAUGAGCGACCCAAAAUUCAUCAUGUGGAGUCCCGUGUGCAGAUACGACAUCGCGUGGAACUUCGAGAAGUUUCUCAUCGCGUCCGAUGGAGUGCCAUUCAAACGCUACGGCAGAAGAUACCUGACCAGCAACAUCGAUGGAGACAUAAAGAAGCUUCUCAGCGUCGCCAAUUAAAAUGUCUUUGAUACCGAAUGAUCUCUAAAUCCAGCAUUCAAAGUAAAUCAAUAAUCCUGUUGCUAGUGUAUUUGCAUAUCAUACUAUGACCUUUAUUGGUCUCAAUGGGUUUUAAUAGCAGGUCGUGGUCUCUUGUGCGUGAUGUUGCUAUGUUUGGACUUUUACUUUAUGAAGAUGCUCCUGUAAACAUGCUUGUCUGUGGGGAGGAUCUGAUGUCAUGCAAAAGCUCAAACUAAACAGUUGCAUUAAUCCCAUGUAGCACACGUGCUUUAUGGACCAAUAAAUGUUUUCUGCUGGG